AUGCGCUACACAACUAGGCUUCUGGAUCAGACUACGGGCCCGCACAAAGCAUACAAGUACACGUACAUGCCCGACCCGCGCAAACUCGCACCUAUCGAAACAUCAAUGCGAUCCGAGGUACUUCCGGUUGUGAUUCGCCCACCGACAUCGUACGUGCCAAAUCAUGAAGUGUUUUUAGAAAAGGCCGAUGUCCAUCGUCUAGCGCCAACAAGCGAUUUCAAAGCAACAUUCAAAGACUGGAACGACUUGAUGACGUGCAGCAAGCGCGAGCUUCGCACGCGCGGCGUACCACUUCUCACGCGCCGUGCUAUCCGCGCUGCAGUGCUUGCUUUUCAAAACGGUAAUCCUCCUGAGCGCUUCGACACGAAGGAGGAAUGGCUGUACUACAAACAAUUCAAGACAAAAGACUAUAGCUACCGUGUAGUGCCAGAGUUGCCAGAAAAGUACCGCCCUCAUCAGAACGGCAUCGAUCAGGCUCCGGUUCCUAACUAUAGUGAAAUCAACCAGAUGCCGCAAUGGGCCGUAGAGGAAGAGAAGCGCCUUGCUGGGAAAAGCAGCGCGGCAAGCAAGUAG